GUCACCACACGUGAUCAGUGUGCAUUCGUGUAAUCAGUGCAGUGCGUAGAUAAUAAUGCUAACGUUUUACAUGUAACGAUUGAUUGUUAACCAUAACAGUGUACAUUGUGAUAGAGACGGUGUGGUAUUGAUAGAACGAGUAAAAGUUGUGUCUGAAAACGAUCCAAUUAGUAGUGGUGGUGAAGUUAAACAAGAAUUCAAAACGACACAGUGGCUUAGCAGAAUGAGUAACGCUGAACAGCAGCAGUACAAUAUGGCCGACACGGAUACCGCUGAUGCAGCAAAUGGACGUUUAGUGGAAAUUAGUGGUGAAAUUAGUAACACGGUGUCCAACGUGGAGGUAGCGACGGGAUCUGAUGUUAUGUGCCGAAGUACGAAAACCAGUAGUAAUGCGAAUUCGUUCCGUAUUGAGGCACUGUUAGCCAGCAAAGAGCAUGAAAACAAUAGUGGUACAGGUGCCGAACUAUCACCGACCCGUUCGAAGGCCAACAAUGUGGAUCUGAUUGGUGAUGGGUUUAAUGCGAGUGAAGAUCGUCAUUCAAGAUCGGAAUCAACCUUCUCGUCUGACUCAUGCUCAUCGAUCAACCCCGGCAGUGUGGAACCGCAAGAUAUAGACGACUGUGCGAUGAAUCAAAUUGCAAAAUCAGCCUCACCAAACCAGCACGACUAUCUGCCGUUCUACAACCUCUGCCCAUCGCAGGUGAUCUUCACCUCGAACGCAUCCACCUUCGACACACAUCCGGCCGUAUGUAACAAAGGCAUACCGGUUGAUGCUGCAAAUCGGUUCCAUUUCAUGCAGCUACCUCAGCUAGAGCUUCUAAGGCACCACAACAUCUACUAUCCCCGAAUCACGGAGCUUACAGGACAAAACUCAGUAUACGGAAAAGCGCGACGACCGAGGACGGCAUUCACCUCCCAGCAGCUGCUCGAGCUGGAAAAGCAGUUUAAAGUCAGCAAAUAUUUGUCCCGACCGAAACGGUACGAGGUGGCCAACAAUUUACUGCUCUCCGAAACACAGGUUAAAAUUUGGUUUCAAAAUCGCCGUAUGAAGUGGAAACGCUCUCGGAAGGUGAACGAAUCCAAAAAGUAUAACAGUAGUGCCGGCAGUGGCACCAACCAAAACACGACCGCCAACAGUAGCAGUAACAGCAGCAGUAACAGCAGCACCAGCAGUAACAGCAACAUAAGUAACCAUAGUAACGGUACGCUCGGGUCAAGUAACGUUACCACUAGCAACGGGUCGCCAAAUGGAGCCAACGCGAGUGGUUCGUUGUUGCUCGCAGGUGGCAAUAAAACAGCCACCGACCAUCACGAUGGUCGUCCGUGCAAUCGUACCGCUGGCGACCCGGGACGGGGUGACAACUGCUCGAACGGUGGAAUGGUGAGUAAAUUGUCCUGCAUCCUGGAUCAUCCGAAGGAUAAGCGUGACAGCAGCGGUACUGGCAAACAGCACACGACGGCCCUCUUUGUCAAUCAGCAGCAGUUUCAGUCGGUCGGUGGAGGUAGUGCGGCCAGCCCUAACGACCUCGUCGGCGUCGGUGCUGCUUUGUUUGCAUGUGAUCCACCGAAUGGGUUAAGUUUUCGGCCUUAUGUAACGUAAGCGAAGGACGGUCAAAAAGGAAAAUACGGAAAAACACAGAAUAAAAAAGAAUAAUAUUCCCAAGUGAACGUUAUUAUCCUUUGCGGGUGGUUAGUCAUUAGGAUGAAGAAGUUGGUGGAAUGGAAAGUCACACACACACACACCCGCAAAAAAACCCAUGGAUUGGAGGAUUAAGUUAGAGGUGGAUAAAUAAAAUAAUGAUUGGAAACCACUUAAGUGUAGUCGUUCAAUUUAGUGGAUUUAGUAACCGAAACGAUACGAUCGGACAUAAUCUGCUGCUCCAUGUAGUGGAUUUAGUUAUGAAAUGGUAAGUACUGAAAGGGCUUUUACUUGAAAUAUUAUGAACUAUAUGAACUUUUUCGAAGUGUAUGCAUUGAUGAUAGAUGAGACAACUUGGGAUUGAACAUGUAAUGCUUGAAAAAAGUUCCAGGAAUAUCUGGUUAGAUGAUUUAAUGAAACCGUAUAAGCAAUCAAGAAAAAGUGACACAUUUUGGUUCGUUUUCCUUAUAGUUUGCAACUUUUCUUUUAUUUGCUUGCUACCUUACUAUAAA